UCUGCUCUUGAGUACAACGGCGGGGCAAUAGUUGCCAUGGUCGGGAAAAAUUGUGUAGCCAUUGCUGCUGACAAGCGUCUCGGUGUUCAGUUAAUGACAAUAUCUACAGAUUUCCAAAAAAUAUUUCCAGCCACCGACAAGAGUUUUAUCGGACUUCCAGGAUUGGCGACUGACGUCCAAACAUUAUCGGAAGUAUUUCGAUUCAAGAUUAAUAUGUACAAAUUGCGUGAAGAACGUGAUAUCGAACCAAGGACUCUAGCGCACAUGGUAUCUUCAACAUUAUAUGAAAAAAGGUAUAGGUUCGAUUAUAAAUUCAUUAAUGAUUACGCUUUACAAUUUAGUAACCCUAAAUCUUUAUCGUACAGGUUUUCAUAUUUUUAUGCGGAACCAGUAGUUGCUGGUCUUGACAAAAACAACGCGCCUUUUAUUUGUUCUAUGGAUCUUAUAGGAUGUAUCAAUUUCGCUAAGGACUUUGUAGUGAGUGGAAGUUCUGCUCAAAAUUUGUACGGUAUUUGUGAAUCUUUAUGGGAGCCUGAUCUG